ACCAUUUUCUAAGCGCCCAUAAAAAUGGUUGAAGUAUUGUCAAUUGGAUUAGGAGGUGUGGGUGUCAUUGCUGCUCAUGCUCUCGAAACCUCAAAUGAAAAUGUGCAUGUCACAGCCGUAAUCAGAUCGGACUUCGAUAAGGUUAUAAGCGAAGGUUAUACGAUCAAACAAAUGGCAGUGGGGGAAAGUGCUCAAAGAGAACCAUCACUUGAGGGAUACACGCCCACGCAUGUCGUUAAGAGCCUUGAAGAUGCGGUGGCAUUGGGGCCUUUUGACUAUAUUGUUGUUUCCACCAAGGCCAUUCCUCAGACAUCAAACAAUGUGUGGGACCAAGUAUACGAAUUACGUGAAAAGUUGAUUAAAACAGAAGAUAUCACCAGUAUUGUAUUGAUCCAAAAUGGGCUUGACAUCGAGAAACAGUGGCUGAAGCUUGGCAAGUCGGUCAACAUGAUUAGUGGAGUCAGCUACAUUAGUUCCAUCAAUACCAAAGGUACUAUUAACAUGUGGGCACCUGAUGCAGUGACGUUCGGGUUAUUCGACCCAGCGGCGGGCAACCACUCAAAACUCAGCCAGUUCAUUCAAUUGUACACCCACAGUAUCAAUCUGGUGGAAGAGGACAAAAAUGUCCGGUUCACCAGAAUGAGGAAAUUGUUGUACAAUGCCUCUUUCAACACCAUUUGCUGUUUGACCAAUAGUGAUGUGGCGGUUGUUUUCGCUACGGACGGAGUCAUCGAUAAUAUUGUUCGACCUUUGAUGAAGGAAAUCCAGCUUGUUGCCAACCAGGACUUAAAACUUCAUGGACUGGAACAGUUACUUGAAGAUUCGCAUGUGGAAGGAAUGAUCAAGUUCACCGAAGAAACAGACGUUCCUUUCAACUACGAACCAUCGAUGUUAGUGGACCUUCGAAACAAACGACAAAUCGAGUUGCAGGUGAUUUUGGCCAACUUGAUCCAAGUCUACAAACAAAACAACCCAGAAGUUGAUGUGAAAGUGCUGAUUCCGUAUAUAAACUUUCUCUAUUAUUCAUUAAAGGUCGUGCAACAUAAGUUGGCCCAUGGAAUAGCCUAGUUAGGGCUAUAUAGAUGUGUAAUGCAUAAAAACGUUGAAGGUUUUAUAUCUUGUUGGUGAAGUCAAUCUCCGUGAGGGUAUGGUUAAUAGACUCGAUUUCUUGUUCUAGUUUUGUAUCUCUGUCGAUUUCGAUGGUGAUCUUGGGUGUGUUCUUCUUGUUCGGGCAGUUGGCACAGUUGUUACAACUUUCGAUAUCACUGCAGUGGCUUUUGGCUUUUUCUUCAUUACCGGACCCGGCUCCUAAUGGCUGCAAGUUCUGGGGAAUAAUGAUAUUGGCUUUUUGCAUCAAUGAUAACGUGAACUCGUCACGAGCAUGCUUGGCGUAAAGGUAGUUUUUGAGAGCCAUCGCACCGGUAUAACAGUUUAGCAGGAAAUUUCGUGUUG